AUGGUGAACGUCCAGAAACAAUCUGUUCUGGACACUCAUCCUCUGAAUGCAGAAAAUAACCAUGAUCGCCAGUUCCGAAAUUUAAUAUUCGCUUCGGAGAGUUAUCAUCCAUUAUUUGAUGGAUUAUCGGAAGAGUCUCUAGAGCCUUUAUUAUCCAAAAUGUUAAUGGUGAACAAGAUGGGAUGGAACAAUAAUUCCGAAAAUAUACAUCAUUCCAUUGACCUUAAUUCUCAAAGAAAUUCGUUUCUCGACGUCGAGAGUCAAGUGAAUGAACAAUCCAACAGAUUAUCAUCGAAUCAUAAUGAAAUUCGUCAUUUUCAAAAUUUUGAAACUACAGAUGGUUCCACUACUCCACCAACACAACGGCUACACAAACGUGAAAAUGAUGACAGUACUGAUUUUUCUCCUUAUUUUUUACAACGGAGAUUAGCUGUUUCAAAAAGUUCUGAAUUUUCUCUUUUUGAAUGGUUUAACUAUUGGUUCAAAGGAUUAACGCUGUUCUUUUCAACGUAUGGUGCUAUCAGUAAUCCACAUAAAUAUAUUGAAGAAAAUCCACAACUACCUGAUCGAAUGACACAUGACUUUUAUUCAAGAGUUUAUAAAUUUAAUAAGCAGGAAUAUUUAGAUGCAAUGCAGAAUGCUGAUUAUUGCGUGCAUGCUCCAAUGACGUACAAUUAUGAAGAUUGUAUGCAAUUCAAAAGAUAUAUUACAAUCAUGGGUACUGCCUGUGGAGCAGUACUUGGCAAUGGAUUUUCGUUUAUCUACAACUUUGGUAAUACUACCAAUCGAAGACUCUUGUUGCCAUAUAUUGUUAAAGGGUCAAUCAUUGGAUUUGUGUUUUCUCGUUUUGUCUUGGCACCCAGGAGAGAAAGUUGUUUUGAACAAAUUAUCAAUCAGGCUCUCUCAGAAAGAAUUAUCAAUAGAGGAUAUAACAACAUGAUGAAAUAUUACGAGUCGAUCAAGCAUCACAAUCCAGAAAAUGGAAUGCCAUUAAAUUGGUAUCCAAACCAAUUGGAUCAGUCGCAACGCGAUUAUUUGAAUCAGAGAAUGCAAGAACACUAUGCAAACGCACUCAAAACUGCUGUAUGCAGUAGUGCCUCAAAAGCAGGUAUGAAUUGCAAGGAUGAGAUUGAAUGGAAGAUCUACCUUGACAAGAACUUUCCAAAAGAAUAUCCUUCACAUCGAAAACAUUUUAAAUUUCUGUAA